AUGGAAGCCCAUCGUCUAGCUCUCUCUUCCCUCAUCACCCUCUCCUUCUUCUUAGCCAUAUUGCCACCAUCUUACUGCACCGACUAUGCACGCUUUGUUAAUUGCAGUCGUCCGUAUGAGUGUGGAAGAAUCAAAAACGUUUCUUACCCUUUCUGGGGAGGUAAUCGACCUGAAUCUUGCGGUCGCCAAGGGUUCAAGCUGGAGUGCUACAACGAUGAAUACCCAAUUAUCAAAUUUGAAGAACUAGAGUUCCUCAUACUAAACAUCAACCAAGCUCAAAAUAACAUGACCAUUGCAAGAUUGGACCUCUGGUCUGGUUCUUGUCCUCAAACCUACCUCGAUACCGUUUUGAAUUAUAGUUUCUUUGAUUACGCUCCAACCGUUCUAAACAUAACUUUGUUCUACGGCUGCCCUCCUCAAGUCAAUAAAUCUAUACCGGUUCAAAAUAGAUUUACGUGCUUGGAAGGUAGUGAUGCAAAUAAUAACGCUUACUUUGUAAACGAAUCGUCAGCAAAGAUCCAUAUUCUGGAGCCAGAGAAAUGCAGAGGAAAAAUCCGUGUUCCAAUUUCACGGAAUGCUAUUAUUGAUGAGUCUGCGGGUGUAGUCCAUGCACUUAAUGAAUCAUUGAAUCAAGGGUUUGAUGUGGACUACAAUCCCUUGCACGAUACUGCCUGUAACGGGUGUGUGCGAUCAGGUGGGAAUUGCGGUUCUAAAGAAACACACCAAUUUGUCUGCUUUUGCCGUGACGGAGAGCGCUCUUAUAGCUGCCCAGGUAACAAUAUGUACUCUCUUUUCUCUUCUCACUUUCCAGGAUUAGGCUGA